AAAGCUUGGGGUCAGAAGCUGCACUGAGAGGAAGGCUGCAAGAGCCACAGCGUGUGCAAGGGCUUCCAAGGCUCUGUUACUCAAGUGGUAACUGUGCCUCGGUUGAGUGGGAUGUUCCAGUACUUGUUUUUCUGCCUCUGCUUUGUCGUCCAGCUGCAGCCAGUGUCUUUAAUGGCCCUGGACCCCUGCUCUGCCUACAUCAGCCUGAACGAGCCCUGGAGGAACACAGAUCAUCAGAUAAAUGGCACCCACGGCCAGCCCACGUGCGACAGUCAAAUCGACGGAGAGUGGUAUCGCUUCACUGGCAUGGCUGGCGACGCCAUGCCUACCUUCUGCAUCCCCGAGAACCACUGCGGGACCCAUGCUCCCAUCUGGCUGAACGGCAGCCACCCGCGAGAGGCAGAUGGCAUCGUCUCGCGCCAGGCCUGCGCCAGCUUCAAUGGCAACUGCUGCCUCUGGAAUACUACGAUAGAUGUCAAGGCGUGUCCGGGAGGGUACUACGUCUAUCACUUGACCAAGCCCAGCGUUUGUUUCCACGCGUACUGCGGGCAUUUUUAUGACAUCUGUGAUGUGGUGGAUUGCCAGGACUCCUGCCUGGACACCAAUGACUGCACAUGUUCCCUGGGGACAACGCUAGGACCUGACGGACAGACAUGUCUGGAUGAAAAUGAAUGCGAGCAGGGCAACGGAGGCUGCAGCGAAUUUUGCGUUAACCUGAAGAACUCCUACCGCUGUGAGUGUGGGGUUGGGCGCACGCUGGGAAGCGACGGGAAGACCUGUGAAGAAAUCGAAGGCUGUCACAAUAACAAUGGAGGCUGCAGCCAUACCUGUAUUGAAGUGGAAGACUCAUACCAAUGUGAAUGUCCGAGGGGACUUGUUCUGUCAGAAGACAACCACACUUGCCAAGUUCCAGUGCUGUGCAAGUCGAGCUCUAUUGAGGUGAGCAUCCCAAAGGACCUGGUUGGAGGCCUGGACCUUUCCCUCAUCAACACUUCCUGCAAAGGGGUAUCCAAUGGCACUCACGUCAACAUCCAUUUCUCCUUGAAGUCCUGCGGCACCGUUGUGGAUGUGAUAAAUGAUAAAAUCAUUGCCACCAAUCUGGUGACCGGCUUGCCAAAGCAGACUCCAGGGAGCAACGGGGACAUCAUUGUCCGCACCAGCAAGCUGCUGAUCCCGGUGACCUGUGAGUUCCCGCGCCGGUACACCAUCUCCGAAGGUUACGUGCCCAACCUAAAGAACUCGCCCUUGGAAAUAAUGAGUCGCAACCAGGGCAUCUUCCCCUUCACUCUUGAGAUUUUCAAAGAUAAAGACUUUGAUGAACCCUACAGGGGUGCCCUUCCCACCCUCAAGCUUCGGGACUCUCUGUACUUUGGGAUUGAACCCUUGGUGCAUGUCAAUGGACUGGAGACGCUGGUAGAGAGCUGCUUUGCCACUCCCACCUCCAAAAUCGAUGAGAUCCUCAAGUACUACCUGAUUCAAGACGGCUGUGUUUCUGAUGAUUCGGUGAAACAGUACACGUCAAAAGACCAUCUUGCCAAGCAUUUCCAGGUUCCUGUGUUUAAGUUUGUGGGCAAAGACAACAAGGAGGUGUUCCUGCACUGCCGCAUCCUCGUGUGCGGGGCGCUGGACGAGAGCUCCCGCUGCGCACAGGGCUGCCGGCGGCGGGUGCGCAGGUCGGCUGGGAGAGAGGAGGAGGAGGGAGAGGAGGAGGCCAGUCACGUGGCAAAGCACAUCCUGACGGGCGGCCCCAUCAGAAUUGACUUUGAAGACUAACACCCAUCCCUUGGAACAGCACCUCCACCUGAGACCAACCUUUCUUAUCGAUGCCUUCUUUCACGGUGGUCUGAGAAAAGAGAGGUAUUUGGCAAAGCCCCACUCGUACCUCAGGCCUUGUUUCCUUAGCUGCGUGCUGAUGAUUUGUGAAGUACGCUCGGCACACAGCCUUCUGCAGAACAGUUUGGUUUUACCUCUGUUUCUCUUGGUUGAAGGGACCCUGUUGCUUUUCAGGCUUGAAGCGUUACCAAACUUUGUCUUUCCCUACGUCCACCCACAGGCUCCACAGGACUGUCCGUCCUGGACUAAACACGUUACUCAAGCCCUUCUCUCUUCAGAUGAUAAAAACAGUGUUGUAGCUGAACAUGUUUGCUCUGCAGUUCUGUGAGUGAUGCUGAAGCUUUUGGGUGUGCUGUGAUUUUGGAUGACCAUUAAUAAAAAUAUGUAUAAAAAUAUGUAUCCUGUAACGUGCAAGUCCCUUGGAGCUAUGAAGCAGUUGUCAUUACAGGCAGCUAAAGCUCAGGUCUAUCACAGGCACAUCUUAAUGUUAUUUUUAAAUAGCAAAAGGUAUUUAAUAACUUUUUUUUAUUGUCUUUUGAUAAUUGCAUGCAGUUUAACAGUGUUUCUUGUUGUAUUUAGCAUCUCAUUAUUUUUCUCUCUCUUCUCCCCCCACAUCCCCAAGCAACACGGUGCCUUUUGUAAGUGCUGUAGCACCUCGAUUGUAAGAAAAAGAUCAUUAAAAAUCUAUAAACACCUGCCCCCG